AUGGAGUACAGUCAAGAGCACAUUGCAACACUAUGUGCCGUUGGCACAGUCGGCAUUGCAGCGGCAGGCCUGGCAUUGGGCACGAGCGAUGGAGAGUCCUACCUUAUCAAGCCUGGCAAGAGGAAGGCUCCUGGCUCGAGUGCGGCAACAAGAUCUCCAGUCUCUCCCGAGCUCCCACUCAACACGCGUCCGAAAACGUCUCAACCUUCACAAACUCCAUCUGCGCUUUCGGGAAGAAUCGAACGCCGGCUCUCGGCGUCACUCCUACGAAGAAGGACGUUCUAUUCAAACACACCGUCCGCUGCCGCUACCGAAAGUAUCGGAGCCGUGUCUCGUGAGAGCUCUGUGAGCAGGCAUUCCAUAUUAAGGCCCUGGACGUCCGAUCGCGACUCGUCCACGGAAAGAAGAGAAGCGACACCCAGUUCAUCAUGGUUGAGACGCAUCUCAAGCCUCUCGCGCGGCAGAAACAGCAGUCCCGCAUCAUCUUCUUCACGAUUAGACGAGUCUCCCCACACUUCACGACCAUCCUUCAACGAACUUGACCGGCCUAACAAGCUUGUCAAACGGAACUCUUCCAGACUCAUCCUUCAGUCUGACCGUGAAACGCCUGCCUUGCUCCGACGGCCGGCGACGAGCCACCAGAGGUCUGCCACAUUGUCCGGGCCCCCAUACACUCGACCGUUGACAACAGAAUCUGUUCUGGAGACCGAGGCUGCGCGAUAUGUAUCGAAAGCACCAUCCUGGAGACCUUUUUUCGAUUCGGGAUACGCAAGGAAGAGGUAUUCCUCGAAUGGACAGCGGGAAGUUCAUGUUCGCACUGUAUCAAAACCCCAAUACCCACCUACUCUCCUAUUGGGUACAUCUGUGACUCCUCGGGAAAUUCAUGACAGUCAAGACAUUCGGCCAGAACCUUUCUCGGACCCUGUAGUACCGUCUGGGACUCGACGACAUAGGAUGCGUCGUCCUAUGGGUUCAAUCAGGCGGGGACUUCCCCAACGUCAUUUUACUGACCCAAUAGUCCGAGUCAGUAAAGAUGAAGCCUACGGCAACAUCGUACCUCCAACUGGCUUUCCAGGCCUCUCUCCAAUGUCGAAUAUAUCCGAUUUUGACAUCGACUUACCUAUUGGCACGCCACAGAUCACGUCUAGCCCCCCUUCGUAUGGUCCUCCGCAACACCGCUUUACUGUGCAGAAGAGGAUGUCGGUCGCUCCCUCGGAUCCAACCACAGCAAGCUCCGACAACGAUACCCGAAUAUUUACGGACGAUGACUCGAUGGAUUUCCACAGCGACACUGCUUACGACUCUUUAGCUACACGAGCUACGGCGAGCAGUCAUUCUGGCUUUCGCCAGCCCAAGAUAGAGACCAUUUUUGACGAGAUGUCGGUUGAUCAACAAUCUCCUACGGCUUCCGGUAUCGAAGAUUUGAUGCAAAAGGUUGCGUUGGAUGACUUUUCUGCACAUUUAGGCUCUGCACGUCGUCUGCCUCCUAGUGCGAACCUGGGCAUCGGUAUUGAGGGUCUAGAGGGGCCUGAGACAGCGAGAAACGGCAGCCCCAAUCAAGCAUCCACUCCGGUAAAGGAUCCCUUGGCUGAGACGGAGGAUUUCGUUUCAACACCAGUACCUAAGAAGCCGAACCGCAUCGCCGCCAGACUUGAUUCGUCUCCUCCUUCUAUCAGUUCUUUCGGUGGUGUUCACAAUGCCGAGCCUAGGCUACCUCGAAUGAUGGAUCUUGACGAAGAGGACAUCGAUUGGUCACCCAAAUCCGACGGUCACAAGCUCGAAACUGGUGAUAUUGCUGCUCCGAACCAAUUCCAGUUGGGCUUUGACCAAAUGCUUGAAAAUGACUUUGAUGAGCAGCAGUCGAUAAAACGAUCGUCGAUUUUUGACUGGUCAGAACAUCAAAAGAUUGGAAGUGACCAAUCUGAUGGGGUCAGCCCGAGGCCGAAAACUGUUCACGGUAAGCAUGGUAACAACCUAGGCCGCAGCAGAGCAUCUGGACGUAAGAGCAAUGCAGCUAUGCACUUACGAAGUCAGAGCGUGCCAGUGAAUCGAGACAGCUUAACGGAAGCAGAUUUGCCAUCUUCUGCCUCUAAGUUCGGCACCUGGGCCCUCGGCACAAAACCGGUCAGCGAAGAAUGGAGCGACGACUUUGAAUUUGACGAUGUCGACGAAAAUGAGGAAGUGGUGGAGGAUCCAAUUGACGACCAGGCGAGGAAGCGAGAGUCUUUACGUAGCAGCGUCCGAGUUCCUCAGUCGAUCAUGGACCGUCAACAGAGCGUGCACAUUCAAUUUGGCCAAGUCAGGGAUUUUAUGCUUCUGGUAGAAGAAUUGAAGCGGUUACGUGUUAGAGGCACAAUGUUGGGUCUAGUCAACAGCCAUUCACGACAAUUGUGGGAAGAUGCCGUCAGCAUCAUCGAUCUUGCAACGGUCAAUGAAGACGAAGACGAUGUACCUCGCCCCUCUUCGCCCGGAUCUUCAGAUACGUUUGGUGAGGAAACGCCACCUCAAAAGCGUUUAACGGAGGACGACACUGGAAGGUUCGAGCUCGGGCGAGGACCGAAUCGCCGUUCGAUCUCGAGUCCUGCCACACCCCCGUAUGGACGAUCUCGUGGUGAAAGCCUUCAAACCAAAACCUUUUUGCAGACCAUUCACCAAAGUCGGAACGGGGUUGAGUCAUCACCAGUACCAGCGAUUAGGGAAAAGCUGCCAUUUGACACUCAAGAUCUGAAAGAUCUCGUGAUAAGAGCAGGGGUUAUUACGCGGGCCUUGAAAGAGAUUAUUCGAAAGGCAGAAGGGGUGUCUCUAAGCCCUGAGAAACCAUCGGCACAAUUCCAAGAUCCUGUAUUCCGCCAGAUCUUCAACCCACCCGACUCCUCGCCCAGCCCGGGUUUCAAGAAGCCCGGCCUCCCAAAGAGUAGAAGUGCAAAUAGCUAUCUGGAUGGGGGUGGACCAUCGACGGACCAUGACCUUUCAUCGCCUUUGAGCUUCACAAAGGUUGUUGAGGCCAAUUGA